AUAAAGCUUUGGAACAUCAAUAACUUCACAAAUUCACCAUCUAUAAAAUACUUUAGCAUCGCGAAGAAAUAUUAAUCAAUAAACAUGUCGAACAAUACUCCAUUGCCGUCGUCUUUCGAUGGCAAUACUGAUUUCUAUGAAGAAAAUCGCUGGCAGAAACUAACUCGCCGUCUAAAAGAAGAGCCUCUCAUUCCCCUGGGUUGUAUCCUCACCUCCCUCGCUCUCGUCGGCGCAACCCGCUCCAUCCGAGCCGGCGACCACAACCGCACUCAACGCAUGUUCCGCGCACGUAUCUACGCGCAAGGCUUCACCCUCCUAGCUAUGGUUGCCGGAUCCAUGUACUGGGAUUCCGACCGUAAGAAGCGCAAGGAAUUUGAGGGAGUAUUGUCGGAGCAAAAAGCUAAAGAGAAGAAUGAAGCUUGGAUUAGAGAAUUAGAGGCCAGAGAUGAGGAGGAGAAGGAGAUGAGGAGAGUGAGGGAUGAAAGGAGAAGAAGGGCGGAGGGAAGACCAGCACCAAAGGCUGUGGUGACGGAUGCGCCAGUGGAGGAAGGGGAGAAGACGAAGGGUGGAGUCAUGGAACAGAUGAGUGGUUUGGUGUGGGGAAAGAAAUGAGAGAUGUAGUAAUUACGGACUAAAACGGAUGUAUAUGGGAAGUAUAGCAUUGAGGUUUGGUGUUUGGUAUGGUUAUCGGAUAUGUAUAACUUAUGGGCUAGGGAAAUGUACAAACUCCAUUCAUUUAUCGAAUUUAUUUUAGCAUUGGUCAUGGGUCAUUUAUA